AGGAGGAAGCAACGUGCAGCUAGUAUAUCUGGAAGCAGCACACUUCAGAGCCCAGCAAACAAGGGUUACUACUUCUUACUGCUGCCAGUGACACCCCCUGUGCCAGGGCACCUCUGCAGAUCUCAGCUGUCCAUGGUGCUGAUCAGGAUGUAGAAGUGCAGCCCUGGAAUGGAGCCCCAUGCCUAAUGCAGAAUAGGACCCUCUGGAUGAAGCAUUGAAGAGCUGAGUGUCUAUCUGGGGUCUGAGGCUUGCUUCUGGACAUCUCUCUCUUUUCUAUUUCCAGGAGAUAGGGAAUGCUAUCUCCACCUCUGCAUCAAUGUUUCACUGGAACAAGUGGAAGAAAAGGAUGGGGGCCAACACUUCCUCCAAAAGACCAGUGUUCGAUGAGAAGGAGGAUGUGAACUUGGACCAUUUUCAGAUUCUCCGGGCUAUUGGUAAGGGAAGCUUUGGCAAGGUUUGCAUUGUCCAAAAGAAAGACACAGAAACAAUGUACGCCAUGAAGUACAUGAAUAAACAGCAAUGUAUUGAGCGGGAUGAAGUGCGGAAUGUAUUCAGAGAGUUGGAAAUCCUACAGGAGAUUGAGCACGUCUUUUUAGUGAAUCUUUGGUAUUCAUUCCAAGAUGAGGAGGACAUGUUUAUGGUUGUGGACUUACUCCUUGGGGGAGAUCUCCGAUAUCAUCUACAGCAAAAUGUUCAGUUUACAGAAGAGACGGUCAAAAUGUAUAUCUGUGAAAUGGCCCUGGCAUUAGAUUACCUAAGAAGCCAACAUAUAAUCCACCGAGACGUGAAGCCAGACAACAUCCUGCUCGAUGAACAAGGUCACGCUCAUCUCACAGACUUCAAUGUAGCAACAAUAAUUAAAGAUGGUGAAAGGGCGACCGCAUUGGCUGGAACCAAGCCGUAUAUGGCCCCAGAGAUUUUUCAGUCGUUUGCCAAUGGUGGGACUGGCUACUCAUUUGAGGUUGAUUGGUGGUCCCUAGGGAUAAUGUCCUUUGAGCUACUCAGGGGCUGGAGGCCUUAUGACAUCCAUUCAACCAAUCCUGUGGAAACUCUUGUCCAGUUAUUUAGCACAAUCACUGUCCAAUACUCAUCCGUCUGGUCAAAAGAUCUGAUUGCACUUCUGCGGAAGUUAUUGACAGUGAACCCGGAACAUCGCUGCUCCUGCCUCCUGGAUAUUCAGACAUCAGCGUACCUGUCAGAUAUUGUCUGGGAGGAUGUCCUGGAGAAGAAAGUGGAACCAGGUUUUGUUCCAAAUAAAGGCCGGUUACAUUGUGAUCCUACAUUUGAGCUUGAAGAGAUGAUCUUAGAAUCGAGACCACUACAUAAAAAGAAGAAAAGACUGGCCAAGAAUAAGUCUAGGGAUAACAGUAAAGACAGCUCUCAGUCUGAUGAUUACCUGCAGGAGUGCUUGGAUGCACUUCAACAAGAAUUUGUCAUUUUUAACCGUGAAAAGCUAAAAAAGACUCCAGGACUGGGAGCUCGUCUGGGGUCCACAGACGAGGCAGAGGCACCGGUUGAGGGGGAAGCAGAGACCGAAGCAGAAAAUUCUACCAUCAGUAUGUGCGUCUCUGUUUGUUCUUCUACCGGCAGCAUCAACUAGUCAUCUAGCUCCUGGGAACAUGAUCUGGAAAGCUUCAGGGGUCAUGGAUGUCAUUCUCAGGUUGCAUAAAUGAAGACUUAAUGAAACGGAAAUCCAUCGAGUGAACCAUUGCUGCACAAAAAAAAUUAUCUAAGGACAAGGUGCACUUAGCUAUUCAGAUCCGAUUCCUUGAUGCUUGUCUCAUUGAGAACUCUUUAUAUACAUCAGUCGUGAUUUUUUUACAUGUCAUGGUCGCAUGGGAGGAUGGAAGGUUCUCAGAUCCGGUUACGUUCUAACUAAAGAUGCCUUUUUACUACAUCAUGCAGUUAAUGCGAGAUGUUUGUGCUUUUUCUAGUCGCUGGACUGGCGUGUCUUGUAAGAUAGCGUGCAUCAGUGUAAAAUGACAUACAACCAAGCAAUGUACUGGCAUAGGAGGAAUCGGGCGGACAUAGUUAUUAGCUGGUGCAGCCAUUCAGAAAGGACUACUCAUAAGUCAGCAGCAGGAUUGCCUGGGAAACAUGGCCGCCAGUCACUGUUUUGCUCAGUAAAGCAUUCCCAUCCCCUGCAGCCAUUCUAAGGAUAUGUUUAUACAAGCAGGCAGUGUACCCUGCAGCCACAUCUAAGAUCUUGUUGACCCUUCUGGAUGUAUAGACCAGUGUUUCCCAACCAGGGUGCCUCCAGCUGUUGCAAAACUACACCUCGCAGCAUGCCCGGACAGCCUUCGGCUGUCCGGGAAUGCUGGGAGGUGUAGUGUUGCAACAGCUGGAGGCACCCUGGUUAGGAAACACUGGUAUAGACGGUCAAUAUUUCAUAAAUUGCAUUAACUCAUCCCUAACUCCAUUUUUUUCUUGGCUUGUAUAUUCUGGGGAGACAUCAUUAUUAUUAUUAUUAUUAUUAUUAUUAUUAUUAUUAAUAAACUAAAUGACAUUUUUAAUUAAAAUAAUUGAAUAAAGUAUCAG